AUGUUCAAACCCAGGGCAGCCGGAGAGAAGCCUGUUCAUCAAGUUACCGCCCGACGAUGGAAACCGAUUGGAACUGGAGGCUGUAUUUUGCAUAUUGAUUGCGGCAAAAAUAAAGUUUUGAUCAUUGUGGCACCGGGCGGCAGGGGUUAUUACCUGUGUAGUAGCUCAAACGGAUGUCCGGCGAGGAAACAAGUCGAGAGGAGCCGCGUAGAUCCUACAAUGUUAGUGAUCACUUACUCUUGCGAUCAUAAUCACCCUUGGCCCGCUUCUAGAAACAAUAAGUCCGCUGCUAAACAAGGUGCUGCGGCGGCGGCAGAGGCUGCGGAAGAAGCAGAGACGCCAGCUAAAUGUACGGAAGUUGUAAAGCGGGAGCCAUCUACGACGCAUCCGGAUACUGAGCCGGAAUCCGGGAUGGAAGAUAGCUUCCCUGGUUUGACGGACGAUUCAAUUCUUACGACGGGGGAUGAAUUCGCUUGGUUUGGGGAGAUGGAAACGACGUCGUCGACGGUUUUGGAGAGAACCUUAUUUGCGGAAAGGGGUAACGGAGAGGCGGAUGACGCGGCGGUGAUUUUCCCGAUGAGAGAAGAGGACGAGUCGUUGUUCGCCGAUCUGCGAGAGUUACCAGAGUGCUCGUUUGUGUUUCGGCACCAACGGAAUGUGGGACCACAAGUUGGGAUCUGCUGACACGCGGAUAAUUAACAACUAGCAAGUGGCGGAGUAGUUGUUUCCAUCGUCGUCCGGUACCCUUUGGACGGCGAGACAGAAAUU